AAGUGUAAUCAAGUGAAUGAAGGAGACUAGGACUAGAUGUUCCUUGAUCUGAUAAAGGGGAUAAACCUAGGUAUAGGAAAUAGUGAGAUAAGCCAUGAAGUGGCUUUCGUGGCUUACAAUUGUGCUUCAUAUAAGCUUACUGAAGUAUAUCUUUUUGAUUCAUCAUCUUUGGCUGGCUGUGGUUUAUUCUGGCCACUCUAAAAGGUUGUCACCUCCGAGGCUCCGAGAAAUGGCGAUCCAGUACUACGUUGCAGUAGUUUUACUGUCUAUUCUCCUCCUCGUACUAUCAAACUUCUUCUCCAAUCGCCGCAAAAAUCUUCCGCCGGCUCCACUCGCUCUCCCUAUCGUCGGCCAUCUCUAUCUCAUCAAAAACUCCAUUCACCAAGCUCUCGCCUCCCUGUCAGACAAAUACGGCCCAGUUCUUUAUCUCCGAUUUGGCUGCCGGCCUUUUCUCGUCGUCUCAUCCCCGGCGGCCGUCGAGGACUGCUUCACCAAGAACGAUAUCAUCCUGGCGAACCGGCCCCGGACAAUGGCCGGCGACAACUUCUCCUACGACUAUAAAUCCUUGCCCUUGGCCCCGUACGGCGAUCUCUGGAGAGUCCAACGCCGGCUGACGGUGGCCGAACUGUUUUCAACGCUCAGCCUCCAGCGCUCUUCUGCUAUUCGGGAAGACGAGAUUCGAACUGUGAUCCGAGCCUUGUUCAGACUGUCCCAGAACCAGAACGGGAACUCAACCGUGGAUUUCAACAAUCUGGGUGGCGUGUUCACUUUCAAUUCCAUGAUGAGAAUCAUGAGCGGGGAACGGUUCGUGAAAGAAGAAGAGAUUGGAGGGGAGAAAGGGAAAGAGAUUGUGAAUGGACUUAGAGAGGUUUUCUUUGCUAGUAUCUUAGCCACGAAUGUUUGCGAUUUCUUCCCAGUGUUGAGGUGGUUUGGUUACAGAGGCCUGGAGAAGCAGAUGGUGUUAGUGCACAAGAAGAGAGUUGAGUUCUUAAACCGCAUUCUGGACGAGUUUCGACGGAGAAAUGCCGGAUUUUCUGAGAAUUCUGAAGGUGAUGAGAUGAAGAAGAAGAAUAGCCCAGUGAUUGAAACUCUGUUGCGUCUGCAAAAAUUGGAGCCUGAAAUUUACACAAAUGAUCUUAUUAUGAGUAUCUUACAGAUGGUGUUUGUUGCAGGAACGGAGACAACAUCAGUGACCAUUGAGUGGGCAAUGUCACUUCUGUUAUCUUAUCCAGAAGUAUUACACAAGUUAAGAUAUGAGAUUGACAACAACGUAGGACAUAAACAUUUGUUAAACGAGUCUGAUCUCUCUAAGCUCCCUUAUUUGCGUUGCGUUAUUAACGAGACACUAAGACUAUACCCUCCAGCACCACUAUUGUUACCCCAUUAUUCUUUAGAGGAUUGUGUAGUUGCAGGGUACGAUGUUCCCAAACACACUACUGUGAUGGUUAAUGCUUGGGCUAUGCAUCACGAUCCCAAGGUAUGGGAAGAGCCGGAGAAAUUCAAGCCAGAAAGAUUUGAGGCCAUUGUAGGGGAAGAAGGAGAAGGGUUCAACUACAAGUUUGUUCCGUUUGGAACAGGGAGAAGAGCUUGUCCCGCAAAUAACAUGGGGUUAAGGCUUGUUUCAUUGGCGCUUGGAGCAUAUAUUCAGUGUUUUGAUUGGAAAAAUACUAAGGAGGAUAAAAUAUUGUGCGCAACCUAUUUAUCUCCAAGCAUCUUGCAAAAGGAUGAACGAUUGGAAGCAAUAUGCACACCGCGCAAAAAUUGCCUUCAAUUUCUCUCCCAACUUUGAAUUGUGUUUGCAUAUGUCUUCAAUGUUUAUUUUAUCUAAUAAUUUUGCACGUGUAUUGUGCGACUGAUUUAAUGCACAAUGUUUGU